AUGUUUUUAAAAGCCGGACCGGACGGGUCGGUCCAAUCGGUUCAACAGCGACCCAGAAGGUUUCUGGAAGCAGCGGCUGAGACGGCCGUCUUCUGGGACGUUGACAGUUGCCCGAACCCUAGUGAUGAUGAUAUUCUGGAUUAUAGUUUGAUUGACUGUAAUAUCAUAUCAGCUCUUCAGGAUCAUGGUUAUCUUGGUGAUGUAACAAUCAGGGCUUUUAGUGAGAGUAACAUUAUCCGCGAUGAGUUAUUCGGCACUACCGGUAUCACGUUAGUACCCACAGAUGAGGGUAAUAGAGCUGAACAGAUUAUGCAUGACAUGUGUUUGUGGAUAACGGGUCACCACCGUAAACAACGAGCAAAUUUGAUGAUUAUCUCAGGAGCCAUCUCGAAUGACUUGCCGAGAUUCGUAGAGCGUAUAGCCCUAUUGAGAUCGAUAGGUUUCAAUGUUAUCAUAGCUCAGCCUGAAAUACCAUCAGAAGCCCUACUUUCUUACGUAAGUGAUGUAUGGCUUUGGGAAACCCUAGCGGCUGGAGGACCCUCUUACAACCAAACCGGAAGCUCACAAGAUGACACGGUCGUCUUCUGGGACGUGGAGGAAUGCCCGGUCGCUGAUGAUACCAGACUUAGUGUCGUUUAUGACAACAUCAUAUCAGCUCUUGAGAAUAUGGGUUAUCAUGGUCGCGUGUCAGUCACGGUUUAUUGUCCGGGAGACAAGUUGAAGCACUUUGCACCUUUCACAACCCAUGUUAUAGGAGAUCAAGGCUCUAGAGCUGAUGUGAUUUUCCGUGACGUUCUUGACUUGGCAUCGAGGAGAAGUGAAGCAUCGAAUGUGAUGAUAAUCUCGAGGGGCAUCUCAGAAGACUCCGUGUACGCCAAGGGUCUUCACCUUUUGAGGUCGCUAAAUUACAAGGUUCUCCUAGCUAGCCCUCAAAGCCCAUCCGGAGAGGUACUUGAAACCGUUGUGGCUGCACGAUGGCUCUGGGAAAGCUUGUCAGCUGGAGGACCCCCCAUGGACCAAACCGGAAGCUCACAAGUUGUCCCUCAACGUGUUAGCUCAAUCGUUGUCUCACAAACUAGUGCCAGUAAGCAACGUGUUGAUAAUUCCUUUUUGUUUGCAGCGGCCGUCUUCUGGGACGUAGAGGAUUGCCCGGUCGCUUUAGGUCUCAGUCCUAGUUUGAUUUGUGAUAAUAUCAGAUCAGUUCUUGAGAGUAAGGAUUUUGGUUAUCCUGGUACCGUGUCAUUCACGGCUUAUGGUGAGAGGAACAAGCUCCCGGAUGACUUUACCUCCGCCGGAAUCACCUUCAUACCCGCAGGAGAUAGAGAGGCUAGGGCUACUCGGAUUUUUGAGGAUCUUUUCACGUGGGCAAAAACCCGUCGUGAACCAUCGAAUUUCUUGAUAAUCUCCAGGGACAUCACACAAGACUCUGCAUACGCCAUAGCUUUUCAAAAUUUGUGGUUACGACGUAAAAAUUUACUCCUAGCUCAGCCUAGCUCAUCCGGAGAGGAUUUGGGAACUGUGGCUGCACAAUGGCUUUGGGAGAGCCUAUCAUCCGGAGGACCCCCUCUCACCCAUAGCGCCCCCUAUGGACGACGGUGGCCCCCCCUAUGGAACAUCACUAGUCAAGCUAAUAGACGAGACUAG